UGCAGGAACCCUCAUUCUGAUUCUCCGGGAACAUCGUCGCGAUGCCGAACACCAGACUUACCUAUCGCCGAAGGGCUCCCUACAACACCUCGAGCCAGAAUGUUCGUGUGAUCAAGACCCCGGGAGGCAAGCUCCGGUACCUGCACAUCAAGAAGAGGGGCUCUGCACCCAAGUGCGGUGACUGCGGCAUCAAGCUCGCUGGUAUCCCCGCCCUCCGCCCCCGCGAAUACGCCACCGUCAGCCGCCCCAAGAAGACCGUUCAGCGUGCCUAUGGUGGUUCUCGCUGCGCCAACUGCGUUCAGGACCGCAUUGUCCGCGCAUUCCUGAUCGAGGAGCAGAAGGUGGUGAAGAAGGUGCUCAAGGAGUCGCAGCAGAAGAAGCGCUAAGCGCCGGAAGGGAGCUGGAGAGGAAUGGACGUCGUCAAUGAGGAACACCGGUGUUAUGGGCAUUAUGGGCCGUUUCCUAUUCCAGGCCGGGUUUUAGGGUUCAAUGCACACAAAGCGAUACCUACAUCACUUUUGCGGGUCCACCAGGGACAAGCGACUGGGUAGGAGAAUCAAUGUCAGUGAAAAGUCACGCAUAAGGCUGUCUUUCUUGGGUGAUGCGAGAGAGGAGGUGGGUGCGAGAGGAUGGAAGCACUGCUCGCAAGACAGACCCGCGGUAUGGCAAUUACAUUGCGAAGAAUUGAGCCUCCGGUUUCCAUCCGUAUGUGCAGGACUUCGGUGCAACCCGAUAUUCGGUCGAUUGUAUGCUGUCCGUUGAGGACCGGCGCUGAAAGAUGUCGUCCAGUUCACCUAUGUUCAGGGUGAUUGGUUGUGUCCAGCACCAUAAGCAGUACUGCAAUGCGUCAACAGCCUUGAACAGCCGCU